CAUAGUAGCACGUAGGGGCUUUUCCUUACCCCGAAAAUGCUUGUGUUGGAUCAGCAGUUUCAUCCUACUAUAUUCUGCAAUAUACUGAAAGAAAAUGUACUAACCGUUCCGCAGUUGACAUAUCGAACGUUUAUAUACACCAAUUAUCCAAGCCAGAAAAUGUCUCGUUACCGUGAAUGGGACUUGUCUUGCAAAGUAUACGUGGGCAAUCUAGGCAGCAGUGCCAGCAAACAUGAGAUUGAAAGCGCAUUUAGUAAAUUUGGUCCAUUAAGAAACGUAUGGGUCGCCAGAAAUCCACCUGGCUUUGCUUUUGUAGAGUUUGAAGAUCCACGAGAUGCUGAGGAUGCAGUAAGAGGAUUGGAUGGAACACGCUGUUGUGGCACCAGAGUGAGAGUUGAGAUGUCAUCUGGUAGAAGCCGACGUGGUGGUGGUGGCCGCAGACCAGGCCCACGAUAUUCCAGGUCCAGAUCAUGCAGUCCUCGUGGGAAAUCUCUGGGUCAUUACCCAAGAUCCUGGUCAAGAAGCCCGAGGCAAUCAUCGUUUAGCCGAUAUUCGAGGUCAAGAUCACGCAGUCCUCGCAGAAGAUCGCUGACCCGUAGCCGCAGCCGAGAUCGUCGCUCACGUUCGGACUCCCGUGACAGACGUUAGGUGCUAAAAGUGUUCGAGAGACAAUGGAUCGACUUAACAAUCGUCUGGACGGAAGACAGAAAAAAAAAUAUAUAAAGCGAAAGACAAUUUUGUAUGUAAAUAAGUAUCAGUCGUUAGCUACAAUAUGCAACACAAUUACACGUACUCGCACACGUACAUCAUGCACGUUUGGCGAUUAUAAAUGAAAACACUAGGAUACGGAAAAGAGAGGAGGGGAGAAAGGAGAACAGAAGUUCUUACAUCAUAAAGAUUACAAAUCUUGCGUAAUUCAGUGUUAUUGUCUCACUGUAUUUGUCCCGUAAGUUUUAUUGAAUAUUACGUAUAACAUACUAUUACGCAUAAUACACGCAUCUACGAUACAUGCAAGAUGAGAUCCAUCUAAUCAUUCCUUAGGCUUCGAUGCAUCUGCAAUGCGAUCAGUCAUGAUACUUUUAACAGUACAGCGAUAUAUGAUGCAUUCUAUUGUGUUGAGUGUUUCGGUGCGUUUAGUGGAUCCACAUCUACAAUUGAGCGAUUUAAUGUUGUCCGAUGCUGUCCGCUUUCAUUUAUAAAGAGAGAUACCUUGCUAUACUGAGAUCGUUCUUUUUUUUGCUACGAUUUUGUUUUUUCUUUUUCUUUUCUUUUCUUUUUUUUUCUGUAGAAAAAUGAAACAAUUGAACCGCAAUUUAUUAACUGCGUAAAAGUGAAAAAAUAUGUUUCUUAAGGAUUAGAGAAAAAUUUAUUCGCUUGAGUGUAAAGUGUGCUGGACAACAUUACACACACACACACACACAACACACAGCUUGUGCACAACGCUCAAUUGAUUGCGCUCUUACACUUUACGUGUCUACACAUACAUGUAGACGGAUAAUUGCGAGCGCCAGGUUGAUAAGUUAAUUAUAUCAGUGGAUGUGUUCAUGUAAGGCAACCAAAUACACAGAAUCGUUCAUUUCUUUGGCAAGACA